AUGACGGACGAGAAUGAAGAAUUUAACAUUAAUAUUAUGUAUAGCGAAGACGAUAUUGCAGAAUUAGAAGUAGAAGAGCGGGAUAGUAUUGGUAAAAAUACGCCUAGGAUUAUUAAAAGAAUCAGAGAAACGGAGGAGAGUGAUGAUGAGUGGAAGAUUGUGAAGGGAAAGGGGAAGAAAAAACGACUGCACGAGGAUGAGAAGUUAAGUACAGAAACAGAUAUCGAGGUAUACAUUGCAUGCAAUGAAAAGCUGCCCAAGCAAUUUGCUUUGGCACGGUUAUUCAAAGAAAAUGGAAUUACUGAUAUAAUUAGAGUGAAAUACUUAAACCCAUUUAAAGUAAGGUUGCAAUUUUCGAAUGAGGAAAACGUUCAAAAAUUAAGUACCUGUGCGACAUUCAUUUCUAUGGGAUGGAGAAUUCAAAAGGCAAUGGAGGUAAACUACUCUUACGGAAUUAUAAGAGACGUGGAGUUAGAAAUGUCUGAAGAAGAAAUUAUGAAAAAUAUAUCAUGCCCAGAUUCUACAGAAUUAAUAUCCGUUAAAAGGCUUAAGCGACGAAGUUACACGAAACAAGAAGGGUGGUGUCCAAGUGAAACCAUACGGCUUUGUUUUAAAGGGUCCUCUCUACCUUCAUACGUAUAUAUUUUCGAUAUGAAAAUAACUGUUCAGCCAUAUGUUUAUCCCGUUUCACAAUGCUCACAAUGUUGGAAGUUAGGUCACAUUCGCAAGUUAUGUCCAUUUAAGAAAACAAUAUGCCCGAAAUGUGGGGGAGAACAUGAGAAUUGUGACACUAAAACAUUCAAAUGUGUCAAUUGUUCUGGAAGUCACAUGGCUUUAGCUAGGACUUGCCCUGCCUACCUCAAAGAAAGAAGGUUGCGAGAACUUAUGGCCGAGUUUAAUUGCACAUACAGAAGGGCUUUAACAAUCUAUGUUGCGCCAACACCACGUAGACAAAUGGACCUAAAAUUUAUAGAACAAGAUAGCAUCCAGCAGGAGUGUAAUUAUAACACACCGGAGAGGGAAGCGGCUAAAGUCCAAAAUGUUCCUACUUUUGCAGAAGUGACGGCCAAUAGCAUAUUGCAUAACGUAGACAAUAUUAGCCAAUGUGAAAGUAAGACAUCGUCGCCCCGCCGGCGCCAGAUAAAAAAGGAGAAAAAAGUACAGAGCGUGACACGUCAUUACAAAGUAAUAGAUUUGAACCUAGUACUAGCUAUAGUGAGGCAAAUAACAACGAAUCUUCUAAUAAAAUAUCUUUCAGUGAGCUACUUAUGA